AUGAGUUACUCCCUUGGGCUGAAUUCCAUUUCGGCAACCGGAAAUGGACUUAUCAACAGGGCUCAGCUUCAGCACACAGGGCUGGUGCGCAACGCACUUCCCAGACUUCAUUUCGUCGGACGAUUGGCCCCCAAACAGGCCAGGCCUGAAUCCAUUGGACUAUUCUGUACAGUUCUUAAGAGGAAAGCCUGCUCUAGUAAGCAUAGAAGUUUGGAUGCUCUACGUGCAACCCUUGUUGAAGCAAUGGUGGAUUUGUACGAAGACUACUUCCGUGCCGCCGUCCGAGAGACACCCAUUUUCUAG